GAGAGAGAGAGAGAGAGAGAGAGAGAAAGAGAGAGAGCGCAUACUACACUCUGACGGCUCAGAACUGAACCACACCAGUGUGCAGCUCUCCUCUGUCCCGGUCUCAGUGAAAAAGCGAAUAAUGUGAAGUAAUUAAAUCAGCUUAUAAUUUGCUCGCGUGACGUUUAUGAUUCUCUUCUUUGCUUUUGGUUGCGAUUUUGGGAUUCGCGCCGUGUCCGAGCGAUUCGCGCAGACCUUUCCUCAAGAGAUGCUGCCAUGUCCCGAGCGCUGUUCCCGCUAGUGAACGUGUGCUGGAUCGCAGCGCUGCUGCUUGCGCACCUGGACGUGGUGUCGGCCGCGCGCGCGCACACCUGCAGCGAGGUGAAAACGGCCUUCCAGCUGCGCCAGAUCGGCCCGCUCAAGUGGGUACCGGAAGCACCUUCUACAGAUGUGAACCUGUUGGUGUGUAAACAUGACGGGCCAUCCUGCUGUACUCGUAAGAUGGAGGACAGCUACAAAGUGGCAGCGUUGAGGGAUACUGUGCAAAAUAUCAGGUCAUACAGCUUCGAACUCAAAUUCCUGCUCUCGAGCCAGGCUGCUGCCUUCCAGGAUAUGUACCAGUCUCUGUUCACUUUUUCCCAAGGUCACCUGAGCUCUCUUUUUGAGAGCUCCUACACCUCUCUGACUUCUGAAAUUGGUCCCAAUGUCACUUCCCUCUUCUCAAGUCUUUCUAAGUUCAUCCAGGACACCCCCAACGUUUCUGUGGAUGCUGCUGUCUACAGCUUCUAUGACAACCUCUUCCUGCUAGUCCACAAUCAUAUUAUCAAGCCAGGUAUCGUUGAGGAUAGCAACCUUUCGGAAUGCCUUCGUGCCACUCGGCAGGAUGUGAAUCCGUUUGGCCCGCAUGCCCAAGCCAUGGUCGAGGAGCUGGCAGGUGCCAUGCAGGCAGCCAGGGCAUUAACAAGAGCAUUUUCCAUGGGUGAGGAAUUGAUGAACAUCACUGAAAUGUCACCUCUAUCCAACGAGUGUGCCCGAGCACUUCUGAAGAUGCAAUACUGCCCACAUUGCCAAGGCUUAACCCUCAUACGGCCUUGUCCUGAAUUCUGCCUCAAUGUUAUGCGUGGAUGCUUGGCGAACGUGGCGGAGAUAGAUAUGCCAUGGAGGCACUACGUGGCUAUACUGGAGGAUCUCACACAAACCAUAGUUGGAGAGCAUAGCCUGGAACUUGCCCUUCUUGGUGUCAGAGAGCAUGUCAACAAGGCCAUAUUGCACGCACAGCUACAUGAAGCCAGGAUCAGUGUUACUGUGGAUAAAGUAUGUGGCCAUUCUUUGGCUGAAAAUGAAAGUACUCACCCCACCACUGUUAAGAUGAUACCAACAGUAACACUUGCCCCAGAACCUACGACCAACCAGACAGACUCUAAUAUCAAGAAACAGCUGGGAAAAUUAUUGGAUCUACGCAGCUCGCUGCCUCUGAAACCCACCAAACACAAUAAAGAUAGAAGUCUAAAACAGAUCGCUCGGGAAUUGAUUAAGCAUAUUGUGCGCUACAAGGCAUUUUUUGCAGCACUGCCAGAGAUGUUGUGUGAAGGAGAAGUUGUGCGUGAUGAACCCAACUGCUGGAGCGGAAACGAUGUAGUGGAGAGCUAUAAAGGUCGAGUGGUGGGCAAUGGAGUUCUUGCUCAGAGACAGAAUCCUGAAGUGAGGGUCAGAGGUCCAGAUGCUAUAUUAGCAGCAGUCAAGGAGAGACUUCAACACUUCAACCAGGAGAUUCAGCAGCACAUGCCAGGAAUGGGACACAGGGAUUCGUGGGAUCUGGGCAGUGGUGAGGACAGCAGUGGGGAAUGUGACGAUGAGGAUGGUUGCCAAGGUUCAGGGGAAGGUACAACUAAAUCCUCUACAACAGACUCUAGUGUUGACACUGAGGUGGUGGUGAAAUCUCCUCCUCAUAAGGCUCCUGUUGGACGCUUUACACCCAAACUCCACAAUGCCGCUCAUCUUGUUCUCCCCUCCUUCACCACUCUCAUCCUCAUCCUGGGACAGCAAUGGACCUUGAACUAAAAGGUUGAAGAUACACAUGAAUAUAAAUAAAAACACAAGAUCUCCUUCAGCCUGGAUGCUUAUGUCUUGCUACAAAAUGUCUUCCAAGACUGCUGCCUUUUUUCAUGGCAGCAAAGAGCUAAUAUAUACUUAAAAUAUUUUAUCUUACACACAUGCAUAUGAUCAAGCAUAUCAAUAGCCAUAACUGCUUUUAAGCAUAUUCUCUCAGAUUAAAUGUCUUUUAAAUAUCACACAUCUUAACCUUCCAACAGUCAGUGAAAUGCAUGACAAAAGCACUUCUCAAGCAUUAAUAGACGAAGACAACUGAUCAGCAGGGAAUGUUCACACACACACACACACACACACACACACACACACACACACACACACACACACACACACACACACACACACACACACACACACACACACACAGGAAGACAGAGAAAAAUGAAAUAUUAUUGCUAUGCUUUAUAUAGUGUGUAUAUAGUCAUGAUUUCAUAUUGAAUACACUUUUAUUAUGGAAAUACAAAAUCAAAAUCCCAACUAUUUUAACAUAAACCAGUUCAGUGCACGAAGAAAAAACAUUUUUUUUAACUAUAAUGAAAUGACAUUCAACAAAAAUUCUUUAUCUGUUAAAUAAUUUCAGAUUAUUAUCUUAGAUGGUUUAAAUCUUUCAAAAUUUACCCUUUAAAAGAUGUCAGAUUUACUUAAAGCAAUAGAAACGUGCACAUAUAUAUCUCAAACAUUUUUAGUAAUACUGCAGAAUCCAAUCAAUAUUCAUGUAAUAUGUCUCCAUGUUGUAUGUUCACAUUUACUACCUAAGUUACAGCCAAUCAUAAAGGUCUUGUUUCCAUUCACUCUAACUUUUUUUUUUUAAGUUUCAGAUUCCUCAAGAGUCCUGAUAGUAAGUAGAAUUUUGACUGUAAAUUCAUAGUUGAAUCUUCUCUUAACAAGUUCAAGCGCCACAAAUUUUAAUUGUACCACACUAUAAAAGUGAUUGUAAUCAUAUUUCAAAUUUGAAUUUCACCUGUUAACCAGUUGCUGUGAUGGAAACAUGAUUAUUAUUUUAAAUUUAUAACUAAGAAAUGAUGAGAGUAUCAAACCUCACUUCAGUGUUUUCAUCCUUUUCUAUUUGCUUACAACAUAGAUUGUGCAAUUUUGUAGCACACCUUUAUGUAUUUUUACGUAGCAUUCGGACAGCAGGUCUAAGUUUCUAGGACUGGUAAGAAAAUUACUUGUGCUUCACUUUUACCUUAUCAGCAUCAAAUGCACAAUGAACAUUAGCAUAGCAUAUGUAUAAAUGUAUAUAUACGGUCAUUUACUGUUUUGUCUGUGUAUUGCUUUGGUUUUGUUUUUUUGUAUUGUGAAAGGUGCGGUGAGAGACACGAUGAAUCCAUUUUUAAAGGUUUGAAAGUUGUUGGGGUUUUUUUUAUAACACACACACACACACACACACACACACACACACACACACACACACACACACACACACACACACACACACACACACACACAUAUAUAUAGUGCAGAUCAACAUGACUCAUUAAAAGUAUAAAAAUCUUUUUUUUUGCCCACUUCCCACAUUUCUGGAAUGAUUUUCAUUUGACAUUCCCUUGGCCUUGGACUCUCAGAGACUAAAAAACCUCCAACAGCCAUUUAAACCUACAAACAUGUAAUAAAUGCCCUUUGGUUGUACUAAUUUUCACACAUAAAAACUACUUACUAAGUCACAUUGCAAGUGCAAAAUGCAUCGGUUUGCUCUGACGCCACCAUUUAUUUUUCACCUUUAGGAUGAAACAGCCUUGCAUAUUGCAUAUUUAUUAAGGUUUGUUGCCUUAUUGGUAGAUCAUUACAUAGUAAUUGAACAUGUUUGCACAUGUUUUUUGCACAAGUAAAUAUUCUAUAAAUCAGUCCCUUACUGUUUUAACUACUGAACAGGAAUGAAACAAUGGAUAAAGUGUCAUGAUACAGCAUAGUGAUGUUUUCAUCUUUUACUGGUGAGAGAGAAUACUUACUGUAUAGAAAAUACAGCAUAUUCCCAGAAGCAGUGCAAUGUUUGUUACAAUAAUUAUGUUACAGAUGAACCUCAGACUUUUUUAAAGAUUCCAUUCAAUUUAACUGUCUUUAAAUGUCAAUUACUUUCAUUUUCUCAGUGACGACAUGUCAUCAGUAUGUUCAAUACAAAUUACACAGCCUAAGCCAAAAGUGAAAACAUGUUUACUUGGUUUUAAAAUGAAUUGAGAGUGAUUUAUUUAACGACAUGGAUGUACAAACAUUAACCAAGUUAACUGUCAGUUAGCUGAAUGUAUGACAACUUACCUUUCUGAAUGUAACAUUUCUACAUUAUAUGUUAAUGCAAGUCAGCUACAUGCUUAUUUUAAUUACUUUAUGGUUUUGACUUAAAAUACUGUUGUAAAAGUAUGAUGGAGACUUUUUAAAGCCUUAUUUGCUUUUGCUUGUUUGAACAGGAGUUGUCAUGUCAAUGUGAUUAUUCUGGGGUCUUGCCAUGAAGUCAUUGUUUCUACAAUUUCAUUAAUACAUUGUUUUAAAUAAAUCUUUAAAUUUCA